UCCGCACAGCAACACAGCAUUCUCUUUCUGCCCUCCUGGUGGACAGUUGCCUCUCCCUGCAUCGCAGCCCUGGUGUUACCGUGUGUCUAGCCGACGUGUGCUCUCUGCCGCUUGAGACAAUCUCAAAGACACACCAUGUACAUCCAAGUGGAAGAUGAGAAUUCUGAAUCGCAUGCUACUCCCCGAGUCGUCACCCGAAGCCCCGAGGACGUGACGUGUUGCGAGCAGGGGCCUCUGUACGGCAAGAGCUGCCCCGAUUGGUGCAUCCCUGCAUACGCUGGCCAGGACCUUGAUGAUGUCUUCAGCUAUGGAACAAGCAAGACCGUCAAAAUCCGCGACCGUACGUGGGCGCACGCCAUCAACACAACACAACACAACACAACAGAACAGAACACAAACCACACUCUCACCCACCAAUCCAGGUCGUCUCGGGUACAUUAAGAUGUUCUUCAUGACGUGCAUCUUCCUCUACAUUGUCGUGUGGCAAGUAAGAGAGCAGACAAACGUGUGUGUCUCCGUCUGCAUUUAUCGCCUUGAUGGGUGGAUGGGCCUUUCGCGCUGUCCCUCUUGUUGCUUCAGAUGCUCUGCAACAACCAACACAUGGAAGUGAGAACACACACGAAGGACAUUUCAUGUCUCCCCCUCCCUCUGCCAUGUCGCAUUCAUAUCUAGGUGGGCGACGUCAGGGGCGUCGUCCGGAUGCAGCUGCAGCACCCCACGGCGCACCACUGCAACCCUCAUAAGCCGACCUGCAUGUCAAACUAUACGAAGCUGUCAGAACUGCCCUACUGCAAGCAAUACAAGGGCAAAGACAGACCGCACGUCAGAAAGGUAAGUACUUGUGCCCGGCAGGAAACCCCACAGUUUGCUUUGGAACUCGGUGAUGGCCUCUGGUUGCAGGAGACAUGUGAGUAUCGCGAUGAGUACACUCUAUCGCCGCUUGCAUCUGCCGGCACAAACUCCUUUUUUGCAACCACACGGGUAUGACAGCACAAAGGGGAGAGCUGGUCUGCUGGUAUGCGUGAAUGACCUGCCCUCCAGGUGUCGAAGCACGAGCAGCAGCGUGACUGCGAUCCAUUUGGCGAGGUCUGCACCAACACAUUCAUGCAAACACCACGGAACGCGUCUACGUCGCCGACAUAGACAGGUAUGUCCACACACAACCACAGACAACGACACAUCAACAUUCUCCAAUCCCCUGCCCUUAGGUUCACCUUACUCAUUGACCAUUCAUUCGAGGCGACACAGAAGGACUCGAUGAAAGGAUCAAUGGUUGAGUACCAGGGCUAUUGGGAGGCGUGCACUGGCGGCGGUGAGUGCCGCCGACUCAAAAUACCCUGCCACGGGAAGCAUUGCGACAAGAAGGACACCCCUCGGCACCCACUGCAGCCCCCCGAUAAGGACGGUGGGUGGAGACACUUCCUGGGCCUCAAAGAGGAGAGGGCGAUGGCAGACAUAGACAUGAAGGAGCCCGAGCGAUACUGGGGGGACUACCUGACGGUGAGAGAGAGAGAGAGAGAGAGAGACAAGGAUGGGAAAGUGAGCAAUGAGCUUGCGAAUGUGGGCGACUUUUGGCAGGACCUAGAUGAGCUCGAUGAAGUGGAUCUCCAUGACACGUCGCCAAUCCCAUGGCACGACUCCGAGGAGCUCCGAAAGUAAGCCACAUGCUACGGGCGGGCGGAGGAGAAGAGAGACAAAAGAGGAGCAUCGCGUGCGUCUUCAGGUUCACCGAGAAUCCGUCAUCGAUCAUCCAGUGACAUCAUCAUCAUCCAGUGUACUUCCGUCAUACCUUUACCUUGUCUUGUGUACUUCCAGAAUUCUGCCCGGAGACAUCAUCUCGCUCGGCCGGCUCCUCUCCUUCGCGGGUAAAGGCCAGCAGACAAGACGCUUUUACAACACAAUGACUGGCAUGUCCUGUCUCGUCAGGUGUAGACCUCGAUUCGAAUGUCAACCAGCAAGUGAGAGUGUCCUUGUGUAUGGCACCCAUUCGCACAUCCACAUUCUGUCAGGGCGAAUCACGACGUGCGGAAGGCCUUGUACUGUCAAUAACCAUCAAAUACACCAACCUCCGGCCCUUCAUGACUUUGUUCCACGCCCCGAUCGAAUACGUGUACUCCGUCCAGGUAUGUGACUCGCUCGUCAGCAGCAAGCACUCCUUCCUUGUCUCGCUUGCUUCUCAUCUUUGUUGGUGGUUUGUGCUAUCGUCAAGCCCAGAAGGCUCCGUCUUACAAGACAGUAGAGACCGAGAAAAUGUCGGACACACACCGCGUCCUCUACAAUCGACAUGGCAUAUUCAUCGACGUAUGAAUGCGUUAGCACGGCAGACACACAGCAGGCAGGGACAAACGCCUAUGUCUCAGGUGCACCAGCAGGGCAACUUGGCGACGUUCAACUUCUCCCACAUGCUGAUUGUGUUGACAACCUCGCUGGCCCUGCUGGGCGCCGCCACGGCUUUCACGGGUCAGAUGGCCGGAUGCACUGACAUUCAUCGAAUGACCACACACGCACACCCACCAUAUGUGGCCUUCACAGAUUUCUGCGCGGAGAGCUUGAUGAAGCACUCGGACGAGUACAAGCAGGCGCGUGAAGAAGUAACCAAGGACUUCUCGGAGGAGGACACCCACUGUCUGUGCUGGUUCCGACCUGGCGAAGAGCCAAAAGACCAGGAGAAGGAGCUCGAGAGCCUAGAGGAAGAAAUCAACAAUACAACUACCAGAGACGUACGUCAGUGAGGCGGCAGAGACACCGUCCUUGCAAGCCUUUCUGUCAUGGAUGCAUUUACCUUGUGUUCACUGUUCAGCAAGUGAACAAGGAGCUGCUUGAGAAGCUCGAUAACGUCACCCACCCAUACAACACCUGGAGAGAGGCGUGUGCGGUAAGCAUAUCCUGACGCCUCCUGUAUUGUAUCCCUCUCUGUGUCUCUGUGUGUAGAUACUGUUGGUUGAGGUGUCGGCGUUGAAGAAGAAGCUCAAGGCAGCCAUCAAGGACCUGGAUGUGCAGCAGCGUGUUGGCUUCUCUCGAAGUCCGACGGCCCACCGUGCCAGUCUCCUCUGACAGAAGUCCCUCGGCCAGUCCCAAUCACCAAAGCACGAAGACAGGGACAGAAGACCGAGCUAGGCAGCCACCGGAGGGAAAGGAGGGAUAGGUAGAGUCCUGUAGAGUCAUCACUGCACCAUUCGUUCGCGCGUAGAUAGAGCUUUUGAGAGACGGACAGGUUCAGGUAGCCAGCCGCCGCAGAGUUCAUAGCAAUUGCAGAGUAGUCUCGCUGCAUGGGAGAGUGGUGAAAGACACCAGCAAGGAAUCUGCACCGUAGAUCACUGACAAGCGUACCACUGCACAGUAGAUAAGGUGGGUGGUGACAGACCCGAGAGGCCCAAAUCCCGCAGUGCAAAUGGGAGAUCCCAGAUAAAUGGCGAAAAAACACGCAAACGCAGAGGGGAUGAAGGGAAUGGCG